UGUCAUAUUUAUCCGCAGUGGGAAAGAGUAUUAAUAAAACGAAAACAAUUGUAUUUUGUUCCGGAAAUAAUCUAUUACAUUAUUAAAUACAAAGCUCACUAUUUAACUACGUUGUAUUUUUCUGGUUUUAUUUGUUUAAUUAAAUCUUGUCAAAUACAUUAUAUUGAGUAAAACCUUAGAAGAGAAGAUGAUUCAACCUGAUUACCCUUCUACUAUCGGCCUGCUGGCUCAUCUGAACUCUGAUGAGUUGAAAGAAAUGCUAAAUGAUGAUACAAAGUUCGAUACUGUGCUAAAAGACGUGAAACAGGUGAAAGAUUGGGAGACGGAAAAAGAGAUGAUCAUAGCAAGCAACAGAUCACUAGCAGAAUUUAACUUAAGCAAGGAGCCAGAUUUAGAAGAAUUGAAAUCCCAAGUGCAAGAAAAAUCGGAAUUAGGCGAGCAAUUAUGCAGUCGCAUACAGGAGCUUCUGAAUGAAUACAAAUCAAAAUCAGCAGGGAUAUCACCUGACACCACAUUAGCACUAUUGCAGACAGCCUCAUCAGAAGCUGAAGAACAAUCAGAAAAUAUUGCACAAGAUUUUCUUGCUGGAAAAAUAGAUGUCGAUAAGUUCCUUGAAGACUUUGAACCAAAUCGAAAAAUUAUGCACCUAAGAAAAUUUAAAUCAGAAAAAAUGAGUGAACUUUUGAGGAUUGGUGGCCAAAGUUCCUAUGGUAAUGGAAUAUCUAAGCCAUUUUUGCCAUAUCCAAGUUAUGGAAACCCACAGCAAAUGUCAAACACUCCAUAUCCCGUAGGGCCAUUAAAUAUGCCAAUGCCAGGUAUGUAUGGCAACCAUUUUUGAAAUGAUUAGUUUAGUAAUAUAUUUUAGUAUCAUAAAAAAAUAAUAGUCAAGAAACUGCAUCAUAAGCUGAGUGAACGGAACUAGAAGAUCCAGAACAAAUGCUUACAUACCAUAAAACAAAAUGACAGGGCAAUUAAUAUUUGUGUUAUUUGAUUUAGUCUGUCUAAAGUUAAAAGUAUAUUACAAAAAAAAAAAAAAAUGGAUACAGUCCUAAUCAA